AAUUAGGCAAUCAAAGCACUACUUUAAGGUUCGAGGACUAUUUUUACAAAAAAAAACACUUGAUUACAAAAUUAACAAAAAUAUCCUCUGACAUCUUAGAUAUAAUGUUAACAAGGUAACAAGGUGUCAUCCCACUCAGUUUUGUAUACUUCGUAAUAAUCACUCCUGAAGUUUUGUAGCAGUUCAAUUGCCAAACCCUGUACGUACAUAAUCUCAAAUAUCUUUAGUAAAAAUUUAAAUAAAUUCAAGGAAUUCAUAAUUUGAAGAUUUGCGUAACUGUAGGGAUCUCAGUUUGGUCAUUGGUUAACUGACCAAAAAAAAAAAAUAAUAAUAAUAAUUCAAUGAUUAUAUUUUUUUCUAUUUUUGAAUCAAGCUUCCGUGCACGAGGACCAAAAAUCCAUCGUAAGCAGAGCCUGUCACAGGUGCCUCGCGGACCAAUAGGAACUCCCGAAGACCCCCAAGCUGAUCCGUACGACGAUCCGAGCUAUGACUUCCAGUUCAAGACUCGGAACUAUCAACGACGGGAAGGAUCGGAUGCCAAUGGUCGGGUCAAUGGCCAGUACACCUACGUGGAUGAUGUCGGAGAACGGCAUUCGGUGAAGUAUUCCGCUGGAUCGGGUACGGGUUUCGAGGUGGCCAAUCCGGUACCGGAUGCUCCGAAUACGAUUUCCUACGAGAGUCCGCUGUACAAAACUAACAAGCAAGUUCGAGGGAAGGUAUCAUUUGAAAGUGGUCCAUCGGGAUCAGGGCAGUAUAAGCUUCUGUCGGUCGGCCCGGAUCAGCGUCGGUCGGAAACUACGGGUCCCGAUGGAAUUACACGAGGAUCGUACUCCUAUUUGGAUGACAAAGGAAUCCAACGAACGGUGCAGUACAUCGCAGGGGCCGGAAUCGGUUACAAGGUAGUUCAGAGCACUACCGGAACAGGAAGUCAUCUUUUGGCACAACCAGCGACAAACUUUGCCAUAAGCCACGUGGAGCAAACGGAAGUUACGGAUAAUAACAAUCCAUCUUUCGCGUCCGGUCCUUCUGGGUCCGGACCGGAUGAUUUGCCAACAGGAAGUGGAUCAUCUUCAAGGCCUACGGGACCCGGGUAUGACGGUGUUCGACCAACUGGGCCAGGGUUUGAUGGAGCAAGACCAACCGGGAAUAGCUACGAUAGUUCUAGACCAACAUCUAGUGGUUAUGACAGUACUAGGCCUGCAUCUAGUGGGUAUGACAGUAAUAGACCAGCUGCUAGUGGAUACGAUGGUACUAGACCUGCUGCCAGUGGCUACGACAGUUCAAAACCCGACUAUGAUGGAUACGAUAGUGGUAAACCCUCGGGGCCAUCUUUCGAUGAUGAUUUCGACAGAAAACGGCCAACGACUUCUUCAAGUAGAAUUCCUCCUACCACAGAUCGACCAGAACCUACAGAAACCAAAGUUCGCUUCCCGGAUGAUGAUUCCGAUUAUGGUGGGAAGCAACCAGAAGUCGGAAUCAUUGGUCUAGUACCUCCAAAGUAUGAUUACGAGCCCACCGAAGAAUCUCCGCUUUCCGGACCCUUCGAUAUCAGUAUAUCGAGUGGUCCGUCAGGACCUUCUGGAGCUGGAUUCCCAAAUUUCGAUGAGUCCGCUCCAGGUGCCUUCAACUCGAAUGAUUUCAGCAACUUCCCCGAGGUAACCUAUGAUAGGAAAAAACUGGAGGACGAUAGGAAGAAAGAUUGGCGAGAUUUUGCCAAGGAUUCAACCAUAAUCAAGAAUGUUGGUGAUUGGUAUGUGGGACUUGCCCCGGGAGCAUCAGUUAGGGCCCAUAUACAGAACAUAGACCUGCUGCCGUACGGAGGUCGCGCUCCUUCGCCAAGCGAGGCCUUACGUAGAGAUACUCAAACGAAACCGAAACAGCAACGGCGGUAAGAUUCUCAAAAGUACUGGGAUUGUUAAGUUUAAAGUGCUUAGUUAUUUUGAGCAUAAGAAUUGCAGUAACGUGUAAAUAAAGACA